CAGCAGCAGCGACGGCGGCGGCAAGAGGCAAGGAGAGUAGCAGCCGCGGCAGCAUUAUGCGUGAUUACUGACAGGCACCAGCUGCUGCAGCCGCCACAGCCUCUCAACACUAUGUGGACUCUCGGAUCUAGAGGCAGAUUCCUGACUAAUCCCAGAGGGCUGGCCCAGCCUGCGCUCCCCCGGCUGUUAGCAAGCGAUGGCCACUCUUGUUAGCCCAAGUUGACGGAAGCCUGGCUGUGCCUGGGAGCCGAGAGGCUGUACUCUUCAGAAGCGCGGCAGAGGAAUGAACUGAGCAGCAAACAUGUAUGGAAAUUAUUCCCACUUCAUGAAGUUUCCCACCGGCUUUGGUGGCUCCCCUGGUCACACUGGCUCCACAUCCAUGAGCCCAUCAGUAGCCUUGCCCACGGGGAAGCCAAUGGACAGCCACCCCAGCUACACAGACACCCCAGUGAGUGCCCCGCGAACGCUGAGUGCUGUGGGAACCCCCCUCAAUGCUCUCGGCUCUCCCUAUAGAGUCAUCACGUCUGCCAUGGGUCCGCCCUCAGGAGCACUGGCAGCUCCUCCAGGAAUCAACUUGGUGGCUCCACCCAGCUCUCAGCUAAAUGUGGUCAGCAGUGUGAGCAGCUCUGAGGACAUCAAGCCCUUACCAGGUCUGCCUGGGAUUGGAAAUAUGAAUUACCCAUCCACCAGCCCUGGGUCUCUGGUGAAACACAUCUGUGCUAUCUGUGGGGACAGAUCCUCAGGAAAGCACUACGGUGUGUAUAGCUGUGAGGGCUGCAAAGGCUUCUUCAAGAGAACCAUAAGGAAAGACCUCAUCUACACGUGUCGGGAUAACAAAGAUUGUCUCAUCGACAAGCGCCAGCGCAAUCGCUGCCAGUACUGUCGCUACCAGAAGUGCCUGGUCAUGGGCAUGAAGAGGGAAGCUGUGCAAGAAGAAAGGCAGAGGAGCCGGGAGCGAGCAGAGAGCGAGGCAGAAUGUGCCAGUAGUGGCCACGAAGACAUGCCCGUGGAGAGGAUUCUAGAAGCUGAACUUGCUGUGGAACCAAAGACAGAAUCCUACGGUGACAUGAACAUGGAGAACUCAGUAUGCUGUCUUAGAUUUCCUUCCAGCUUCAGUUUCUUGGGUGGGACUGGAGGCAACAGGGGGGAAUUUAGAGUCCGAGGACCUCAUAGAAAGUUGUUUCUUUUUCAGACAAAUGACCCUGUUACCAAUAUAUGCCAUGCUGCAGAUAAGCAGCUCUUCACCCUUGUUGAGUGGGCCAAACGCAUCCCCCACUUCUCAGACCUCACCUUGGAGGACCAGGUCAUUUUGCUCCGGGCAGGGUGGAAUGAAUUGCUGAUUGCUUCCUUCUCCCACCGCUCGGUUUCUGUCCAGGAUGGCAUCCUGCUGGCCACAGGCCUCCAUGUCCACAGGAGCAGUGCUCACAGUGCGGGUGUCGGUUCCAUCUUUGACAGAGUCCUCACAGAGUUGGUGUCCAAGAUGAAAGACAUGCAGAUGGAUAAGUCGGAGCUGGGGUGCCUGCGGGCCAUCGUGCUGUUUAACCCAGAUGCCAAGGGUUUGUCCAACCCCUCUGAGGUGGAGACUCUCCGAGAGAAGGUUUAUGCCACCCUGGAGGCCUAUACCAAGCAGAAGUAUCCGGAACAGCCAGGCAGGUUUGCCAAGCUUCUGCUGCGCCUCCCAGCUCUGCGCUCCAUCGGCUUGAAAUGCCUGGAACAUCUCUUCUUCUUCAAGCUCAUUGGGGACACUCCCAUUGACACCUUCCUCAUGGAGAUGUUGGAGACCCCACUGCAGAUCACCUGAAUCUCCUCAGCUGUAGCUUCCCCACCCAGGGCAACCCCUGGGCUGGUGUGUGUGUGUGUGUGGCUCUACCCUGCACACUGUCCCCAUCUCCCACUCUGACCUCCCUUCCUGUCCCCCAAAUGUGAUGCUUGUAAUAAAGACAACCUUUCUACACAUGAGAAUUUUCUAGGUGGAGUUUUGUAUGGCUGUUAAAGGUGACCCUUCUUUGCUAUUUAAGGGGCUGAGGUCUUUCUGGCAGUUCUUGGAAAGAGUAGCCAAGCCUCUGUACAUAUAAUUGGUUUAAAUUAUUUUUUCACUUGCCAUGGAAAGCAAACAAAUGGAAAAGAAAAUAAUAAAUAUGAUAUUGG